CACACAAAUCAUGUUGUUUUUGGGCCUUUGAUUUUUGGGGCCUACGGCCUACAUAGUAAUGUAUAAGUUGGUUAAAUCUAGCUGAGUAAGGAGUUAUGGUUUGAUCAUAAACCUGGAGGAGAGGUCUGUGGUUUGGUGAUGCGGCUGCUACACAUACAGAGGUAAACAAUGAGUAUUCCUCGCUCUGCCAGCUUACUGUUCCAGAGAUUUCCUCAACUUUCUCCCUUCACAGCGAACAGUCACCCAGUUUCUAGAAGCGGGCAGCAAGCUCCGAAGUUCCUUUCCAACUUCUUGUCACUGCGCUGUUCAAGUUGCAAACAUAUUGCCGGCGGGCACUUGAGGCUGAUGUUCACUGCAGCUGAGGCAUCGUCGGAUCUGGUUGUCAAUCAUGAUGUGGAGAACAAAAUGUUCUUCAUUAAGUUGGCUGGUGAAUCCGAAAAGGCUGUAUUGGAAUAUGAGGUCCUAGGUCCUGAUAUUGUCAACCUGUAUCACACUGGCGUUCCAGUUUCUCAGAGAGGGAAGGGCAUUGCAAAAGUCUUAGCAAAGGUUGCAUUGGAGCACUUUGCAUCCCAGGGGACCAACAUGAAGCUGACGUGCACCUACUUGCAGAAGUACUUUCAAGAGAACCCCUCGCCAGAGUACAGAGAUCGAAUCCUGGACCUGUGAUGGUAAUGUGGACUUCACACCCUAAGCAUCGUACGAAAGCAGCAUUUGGAAGGCAGGAUUCUCUUCGACCUUAUUAAGUAUUCCAGCUUAUGAUUAUGUUAAUCUUUAACUUUGCAUAUGAGCAAUUGGUUGCGUGCUCUUUAGAAACAUGUUAAAAAUUACUAUUAGCAUAGACCAGCCAACUAUCACCCCUCAACUAUUGCGUACGUGCAGAGAGUGCCCAGGACUGUAUGCUUUUUACCACUUUUUAUGAGCUUUUGUUCGGAGGAAAAAAAUCAAAAGGUAUAUUUACUGACUGCUGUUCUUGGCCACAAAAAUUAACUCUUUUGUUUUAAGAAAAAAGUACCUGUCCAUUGAGUAAUUUGCCCUUGAUUUUUACUUGCCUGAACUGAAAGAAGAAAUUUGUCCUGGGCAAUCGGAAAACCACGGAUGUCGAGGCCUGUCAUGGACGUUGUUUUUCCUCCUGCCACUAUUCUCUGGUGUCUACAGCCAUACAUUGUGAGUUAAAAUGAGUCCACAUGUACCACGGAGAAAUCAUCAUUUUUAUUUUGCACUCUUUUUGGGGGGGGGGAGGUGGGAGACUAGGAAAGAGAGUACGCUUUGUGCACUUGUGAAAAUGAUAAAAAUGGAUGACCCCUUACACCGUAGAGAAAAAUGAGAGGUUUCCCAGCUUGAAAAAAUACAUUUAGCCAUCGGUUAACCGGUAUUGACUGUUCUGCUGUUUUGUACCUUACACACUUUGCUUAUUAGGACCAAAGCAGUAAUUUCAAAUAAUCCUGUGAAAGCUUCAUAUACAUGUAUGCUGCUAAUACUGCACUGAAACAAAGUGGUACAAGUUUGUUCAGUAAUCCAUCCCUGUUUGAUCAAAACAUGCACAAAUAAAUCAGAAAAGAGGUUAAUAAUUAAUAACUGUUAUAUGUUUUUAGGUUUUUUGGGGGGGCCUUGCAAUGUUCCCUCCUAUUCUUCUUGACAAGCGAGUUUUGAAAUCACAACACUCCUUCACAGGGAAUUUUUAACCAUGCUUGACAAUAAAGCACUCCGAUGGGUCACACAACAAAAUGCAGUAUUUUUUUCUCGUCUCUGUCAACAUGUUUUGAAAUGAGAUCUUUGCUGUGGAGAAUUUCAAGCUUUCCAGCAGUAUAAAAUAUAAAAACUGGGUAGAGGGGAGGCAUUAGUUGAACAUGCAUGCACUUAGGGAUGACGUUAUUGCUGAAUAGAUACUUACCUCAGAGGGUUUGACUUGUGAGAUUAUUGUAGGAAGACCGAAAUCACUCUAAGAGAUGCAUUUUUUGUUUUAAAUGAAAAGUAUGUAACCUGCUUGCUGGCUAUGGUGACCAAAUAUAUAAAUGCUAGGUUUGUAUCAUUUCAAUCGUUGUCUAAUGCAAUUCUUUGGGGGGGGUUAUUUCAUGAGACAAACCAAUUUCUUGCACUUGUGUGGGAAAAAUAUGAAUAUUGUCACACAGAGCCAUACUUUUUGUUGGUAAAUGAACACUGGGUUAAAGACGGAUUUCCAAAGCAAUGACAAUAUCAGUCAAGAUACGGGUACCCAAGAGUUUAUAAUGAAGUCUUGUGUAAUUUCUGCUGUCUUAAAAUUCCUGACCUAUUUUCAUAACAUGGAAACUCUGUAAUCUUGUUUGCUCUUGACAAGCUCCGAUGAUUACUGUAAAUCCCCAAAAUUAGGUUUUAAAAUUGGUGCAUUUUUUUCCAAUUUGCAUUUUUCAUUCUAGUUUUUUUUUCAUGCCUAAAAUCAAGAGAUGAUGUUCAUGACAAAAGUCUUCAUUGCUGUAUUCUU